UAUCUUGAUAUUAUAGAAGAAAAGUGAUGUAUAAUUAAAAGGUUUUUCUUCUUAAAUUUUGACAAUUUGUGGACAUUUAAGCAUUUUUCUCUUUGGAUCACAGGAUAUACCAUUUUUACUAUCUUGGGGCAGAUUAGAAAUAAGUAAUCAUCUAGUAGCAAGGUCGGCGUGUUCGAAGAAGGUAAGUCAUUUACCAGUCGCCUCUUCGAUAGUCCCGAUGGCGUUACAGACUUGUACCGUUAUGAGCCGAAGGCCGAAGGUCGAAGAUGCAUCUCCACAAAACAUUAACCAGACGGUGAGCUUUGAUGAAACAUCAAUAACGAUAGUGAAAGAACGCGAGAAACGAAUUUAGUCUGUUCAGCGACAACAUUAAUCAUGGGGCCCAGGCAGAUAGCGAAGUCGCAGCAGGAGCAGGGCCAUCGGCAUCCAACGGCUAAAUACUAAGUACUCUGGGUUGGGUGAAAAGGGGGGGGGGAACUGGAGCCAGAGGCAGAAUUGUGCAACUCUCGUGGACGAAGAUCCAUGGCAGCAACCGAUGGGCAGAUCGUUGUGGCCGCGGCCCGCUGGGCUGACGAGGCAACCUAUCUGCGUGAGUUCGUUGCCAAGUAUCGAUUGCCUGCUGUCAUUAAAAUCACCAAGGGUCAAUACGGCGGCCUCGGUGUGCCCACUCUUCCCGCCCCUAGUCUCCAGAGCACCGUUUUACUGGUUUCGGCGGGUCGGCGUCGUAAAAUUGUUGCUCAAGCCGUUAAGAUCAAGGAAGGGCGUCGAGUGGUGGGCGUAGGACCGCGGCUCGCCAUCCCCGAUUCCUAUGUGGGCUACUUCGAGAUCCUGAGUGAGGAAGGUCGCGCUGUCCGAGGUAUAGAGUCGGUGAGCGAACUCGCACGCCGCUGUCCCGAGGAGGGGGCUCUCGUGCGCGAGAGCGUCCGUGGCCUCGCUUGCAAGUUCGAUGAAGCGGGCUCCGUUCUGCCCGAAGGUACCCGCAUCCUCCAUGCCGGCGAUACAAUCGUUGUACUUGGAGAGUUCGUUCUGCCCGGCCGCGGGCGCUUCUUACGAUGCGUAGACUGCCGCGGGGAGGGUAUUCUCCUGCCGAUGGAGCAGCGAGCGCGCUUUAGCGCCCUAGCGCGCGAGGACAACAUCAGCGGUGUGCAUACGGCCCGAGCCCUCCUGAGCAAACGACUACCACUGACGGUGCGUCUAGUGCAUGGACAACCACCACGAGGCCUCAAGUCGUCCUCGCAUUUUUUACCAGAGCUGCGGCUGCUCUCGAGUUUUGAGGAGGAGCACGUGUUUGCUCUGCCGUUACAACGGGAAGGUGCAGCGUUAGCCCUGCCAUUGGCCGCACCCCUGAAACUCGUCAAGGCGCGAAACGAGGAGGUUCUGAGAACAAUGCCAGAACUAGGGAGGCUCAUCGAGAGAGCCUCCAAACUGGUGGCGGACGUUGCCGAUAGGGCUCACGUUUUGGAUGGUAGAUUGGGGGAUAAUAAAUCUAACCGUCAAAGUCGAAGCGGUGGAUUUCUCCGGCGUUCGGCAAGUUCCGAUAGUGCAAAUAUUGGCACCCAUCACCGACAUCACCAUCACCACCAUUACCAUCAGCACACCACAUCAAACCAUGGUCACGGUUAUCGAGACGAAAACCGCGUACCGCCGUCUACUUAUACGGAAGAGUACGACGAAAUUGAUCAGAUUUAUGACUAUGUACGAGGUUUCGCACCUCUACCCAAGACCGUGAGGCCUCCCUAUGAAAAUGGAAUCCUUGGAAAUGGUUUAACUAGCGUCAAUCAACAAUCAAAUGGCUUAGGAAGUUCAACAUUAACACCGGUAACGGUGACAAUCACACCACUGUUAGAUGAUAGACCCGAACCACCUCCUAUUGAAACAAUACCGACAAAAAAAAAUCAGGCUGAAAAACGAACGCGUCGAGCUGUGAAGGAGGGGCCACCUCCUACAUCAACGACAACAGGCGGCAUGAUACGACCGGAGAAACCUCCGUUGGCAAAACUGUACGUAAAGAACAGUGGUACACAAAGAGGUCGGCCGCUCAUGAGACAAAAAAGUGCAUCGCCACUGAAGGAGACCCCGCCGAGCUUUAAAGGCGGCUCACCUCUCUUUAACAUUCGCUACAAGAGCCUUACAAACUUGCAACAGGCAAUGGAGCUUGACGGCACGCUCGACUCCAGUCAUUCAGGUGGCAGAACUUCGGGUGAUUCUGGUGCUGGGGCCAAGUUACCUGAAAAAAGAUCACGACGACUGAGCAGACCGCGGUCCCUUACAAAUCUUGUUUGGGAGCUUCGAAACGGAAGUGGCAUUGGUGGUUGUACAAGACCUGAAACACCUCCGAUAGCAACAGUGAUGCCUCUGACUCCAACCAAAUGCGGACCCCGUCUCGCUGUCACUGUCAUAGCUCCCAGGCGCGUCGGAACCCUCUACCUCUAAUGCAUAAAUUCGACGUAACAUCAUAAAACUUAAGAAAACUGAGAAAAUGAAGAAAAAUUUGUUCUUAACUAAAAUGAAAAGAAAAAUAGAUAUUGUUAUAGAAGUGAUAAAUAUGCAAAAAGGAAAAAACGUGUGACAAUUUUAUACGCUGAGAUGCUAAUAGGAAAAAUUGAAUGCGCGAAGCAACAAUCUUAUAUAUGCAAAAGCUUCAUUACAAUCCUUAGCAGAUAUCAAAGA